CGCUGGCUCGUUGAGCUCCAAAAGGCUCUUUUUUUUUAACGGAAACAAUAUGGCGGAACGCAGCGGCUCCACAUCAAGAAGGCCUAAUUAGAACUUUGGUGAAGUGUUCCGUUCUUGUCCGGACUGGAGCGUGAGCAGCGCCGCGGUUCUUGACGACGGGUUCGUGGACCGGCCCGGUGUUGGAUGAUGCCUCGGUGAAGGCGUCUGGAAGGUCAGGUGUCCAGCGCUCAGCAUGGCAGCAGUGUCAUACGACCAGCUGCUGAGGCAGGUGGAGGUGCUGAAGAUGGAGAACUCCACCCUGAGACAGGAGCUGCAGGACAACUCCAACCACCUGACCAAGCUGGAGACGGAGGCCUUAAACAUGAAGGAAGUCCUGAAGCAGCUGCAGGGCUCCAUCGAAGACGAGUCUGGGGAGGCGAGCGGCUCCCAGAUGGAGCUGAUAGAAAGGCUGAAAGGGAUCAGCCUGGACCCUGCUGCCUUCAAGUCCCGGUCCCGGCCUCCUCUCCCCAUGCCGGCCUCCUCCGGACCCACAACAGGAAGUGCUGGAGCUCCGGGUCCUUCCCCUGCGUCUGCCUUUACCAGAAGAGCGGGCAGAGACAACCACGACCGCUGCCUGGAGGAGCUGGAGAAGGAGAGGGCUCUUCUGUUGGCUGAGCUGGAGAAGGAGGAGAAGGAGAAGGGCUGGUACUACGCUCAGCUGCAGAAUCUGACCAAACGAAUCGACAGUCUGCCGUUGACAGAAAACUUCACUCUGCAGACAGACAUGAGCCGGCGACAGCUGGAGUUUGAGGCCCGGCAGAUCCGAUCGGCCAUGGAGGAACAGCUGGGCUCCUGUCAGGAGAUGGAAAGGAGAGCUCAGGCCCGUGUUUCACGCAUUCAGCAGAUUGAAAAGGACAUCUUGAGGCUUGGAGCACACAUACAGGCUGAGGGAGCUCAAGGUGACGGGAGUUUACCUGCUGGGACUCAGAGUUGUGGCAGUCGACUGGACCAGGGCGCAGCGAGUGAGACGAGUUACUCUGUCCCCCGGCGAAUCACCAGCCACCUGGGAACCAAGGUGGAGAUGGUGUACAGUCUCCUAUCCAUGCUGGGGACUCACGACAAGGACGACAUGUCGCGGACGCUGCUCGCCAUGUCCAGCUCCCAGGAUUCCUGCAUUGCCAUGCGUCAGUCUGGCUGCUUGCCUCUGCUCAUCCAGCUGCUGCACGGCAACGACAAGGACUCCCUGCUGCUUGGUAACUCUCGGGGAAGUAAGGAGGCUCGAGCAAGGGCAUCUGCAGCGCUGCACAACAUCGUGCACAGUCAGCCGGACGACAAGAGAGGUCGCCGGGAGAUAAGAGUGCUGCACCUGCUGGAGCAGGUACGCCACUACUGUGAGGCCUGCUGGAGCUGGCAGGAGAACCAUGAGCGCGGUGUAGACCAGGAGGAAAACCCCAUGCCGUCUCCUGUAGAGCACCAGAUCUGUCCAGCAGUCUGUGUCCUCAUGAAGCUCUCCUUCGAUGAAGAGCACCGCCACGCCAUGAACGAGUUGGGAGGUCUGCAGGCUGUGGCCGAGCUGUUGCAGGUGGACUGUGAGAUGUGUGGCCUGAGCAGCGAUCACUACAGUGUCACUCUACGGCGAUACGCCGGCAUGGCGCUCACUAACCUCACCUUUGGAGAUGUGGCCAAUAAGGCCACGCUGUGCUCCAUGAAGGGCUGCAUGAGAGCCAUGGUGGCUCAGCUGAAGUCUGAGAGCGAAGACCUGCAGCAGGUGAUAGCGAGCGUCCUGCGGAACCUGUCGUGGCGUGCUGACGUUAACAGUAAGAAGACGCUCCGGGAGGUGGGCAGCGUGCGCGCUCUGAUGGGCUGCGCUCUGGACGUGCAGAAGGAGUCCACGCUGAAGUCCGUACUGAGCGCGCUCUGGAACCUGUCUGCACACUGCACCGAGAACAAAGCGGACAUCUGCGCAGUGGACGGCGCUCUGGCCUUUCUGGUGGGAACGCUGAAUCACCGCAGCCACACCAACACUCUGGCCAUCAUCGAGAGCGGCGGCGGGAUCCUGCGGAACGUGUCCAGUCUCAUCGCCACCAACGAGGCACACAGGCAGGUGCUGCGGGAGCACGGCUGCCUGCCGACCCUCCUGCAGCACCUGAAGUCUCACAGUCUGACCAUCGUGUCCAACGCCUGCGGCACGCUCUGGAACCUGUCUGCUCGAGACGUCAAGGACCAGGAGACUCUGUGGGAGCUGGGCGCCGUCGGCAUGCUCCGGAACCUCAUCCAUUCCCGACACAAGAUGAUCGCUAUGGGCAGCGCCGCUGCGCUCCGGAACCUGAUGGCCAACCGGCCGGCGCGGUUCAAAGACGCCAGCGUGGUGUCGCCCGGCGCCGGCGCCCCUUCCCUGCACGCUCGCAAACAGAAGGCGCUGUUCGAAGAGCUUGACGCGCAGCAUCUGUCGGAGACCUUCGACAACAUCGACAACCUGAGCCCCAAGGCCACACACAGGAAGGGGCGUGGCUGCGGAACCCCCGGCACAGCCGGUGCUGCCGCUCGCUCCUACACCAACACCCCAGUCCUGUCCAGCCCAAAGAACGGCGAGGGAGCCAAGAGGAUGAGCGAGGAUGCCACGUACGGCCGCUCGGUGUUCCCGCCCAGCGUCCGGGCGUCUAGCGACAGCCUGAACAGCGUGACGAGCGCCGAUGGCUACGGCAACCGGGGCAAGCCGUCAUCAGAGCCCUUCUACUCCUCUGACGAGAGCGGCGUCAGCAAGUGCUGCGUCUACAGGAAGUACCCUGCCGACCUAGCUCACAAGAUCCGCAGCGCCAACCACAUGGCCGAGGACGACGGCGCCGAGCUGGACACGCCCAUCAACUACAGCCUGAAGUACUCGGACGAGCAGCUGAACUCCGGCAGGCAGAGCCCCAGCCCCCGCGCCGACUGCGAGGCGGAGGGACCACUGCGCCGAAGCGAUGGCGCGGAAACGGGGCCAGCUGGCUGCCACGGGUCUAUCCCCCCGCCUCACUAUGUGGUCACGACGGCAUCCAGCUAUGGCGGCGACCCCCCGCCAGAGCAGCCUAUCGACUACAGCCUGAAGUACGGCGCAGACGCCAUGCGGAAACCACUCUUCAAGCAGGAUGGAGCUGCCGGAUCACUGCUGGACACACCCACAUCCUCCUCCGGCAACAAGCCCCACCCCCUUGGCCCCCCCCUCACUCGCCCUAAGAACAGCCAGGAGUCGCCGCAGACGUACUGCGUGGAGGACACGCCCAUCUGCUUCUCCAGAGGCAGCUCCCUGUCGUCUCUGUCGUCUGAGGAGGAGGAGGACCGCCACGACAGCAAGAAGAAGGGGCGUGGCGGCGUGGCGCCCGGCGGCAGCGAGUAUCCCACGCUACCCGUCCGGGAGAAAAGCGAGCAGCGGCAGCAAAAGGAGGCGGAGAGUCAGACGGCCGGCCCCCCGGCCUCACGCGGACGGAGAGGUCACCACCACCACCACGGCCACUCCCACCACCACAGCGUGACCUCGUCCUCGGGCGCUAGGACUCCCAAAAGCCCCCCCGAGCAGCCGUACGCUCAGGAGACGCCGCUGAUGUUCAGCCGUUGCACAUCUGUCAGCUCGCUGGACAGCUUCUCCGCCUCCUCCAUCGCCAGCUCUGUGCGCUCCAGCGAGCCGUGCAGCGGCAUGCCGAGCGGCGUGGUCAGUCCCAGCGAUCUUCCCGACAGCCCGGGUCAGACCAUGCCGCCGAGCCGCGCCAAGACCCCGCCCCUCCCGCCGCCAGCCCCGAAGACCCAGGAGGAGGACAAAGCCAAGCAGGCGGCAGACGGCGUCGACCUGCUGCUGCACUUCGCCACAGAGAGCACGCCACACGGCUUCUCCUGCGCAUCCAGUCUGAGCGCGCUGAGUCUGGACGAGCCCUUCAUCGCUGCAGAAAUGACGGGCCAGGAGGAGGGCGGGGCCAGGACGGAGGCGUCCCCCAAACCCCCCCUCAACGAGUCCGACGACGACGACAACGAGAUCCUUGUGGCGUGCAUCACGCUGGCAAUGCCCAAGUCCUCCCAGAAACCCAAGAAACCCGCCCCCCCACGCAAGCAGAGCCAGCUCCCCGUCUACAAGGUCCUGCCCCCCCAGAGGCGGGCCCCGCCCCCCCGGGGAAAGGAGGUGGUGCCCCCCCCAGCAGAGGAGGUUCCCCGAGUGUACUGUGUGGAGGGAACGCCCCUCAACUUCUCCACCGCCACGUCCCUGAGCGAUCUCACCAUCGACUCGCCCCCCAACGAGGAGGCGGCGGCCCCUGCCGCGGCCCCCUCCCUCACCCAGAGGAUGCGGGCGGGGUUUCCAGAGGGAGAAAACGGCGAGGACAUCCUGGCAGAGUGCAUCAGCGCCGCCAUGCCCAAAGCCAAACCGCGGAAACCGGCCAGAGCUCCAGCCGGUGCCGAGCUCCAACAGGGGCCCCCUGCCCCCCCGCCAGCCGCGCCGCCCCUCAAGAAGAAGCCCACGUCCCCCGUGAAGCCGAUCUCCCAGCGCGCCGCGUACGGCAGCUCCAUGGCGUCCAAAGCCAAGCCGGGCUUCGCCUUCGACUCCCCUCGCCACUACACGCCCAUCGAGGGGACGCCGUGCUGCUUCUCACGCAACGACUCACUCAGCUCGCUGGACUUUGACGAAGAGGACGGCGCCGACAAGGACGGGGAGGAGCGCGGCGGCAAGGAGGAGGACGGCAGGAGGAGGAAGCAGCAGACCGCAGCCGUCUUCCCGCAGCCAAAAGCCGCCGGUCCGACGGCGGCGGACGAGAAGCAGAAGUUCUCCAUCGAGGACACGCCCGUCUGCUUCUCCAGGAACCCGUCGCUGAGCUCGCUGAGCGACAUUGACCAGGAGAACAACAACAAGGAAUUUGCGCCACAGGACGCCGCCGCCAAGACUCCUCCUCCUGCAAAGGUGGAGUCCAAGCCCCUCCCUGCCAGCGGCUACACCCCCAAAGCGUUCCACGUGGAGGACACGCCCGUCUGCUUCUCCAGGAACUCCUCGCUCAGCUCGCUCAGCAUCGACUCGGAGGACGACCUGCUGCAGGAGUGCAUCAGCUCCGCCAUGCCCAAGAAGAAGAAGAAGGCGGCUGCGCCCGCAGCGGCCUCGCCUGUGGAGGCCACGCCCACAGCGGCUCCAGUCGCGCUCCCUGCAGCUGAUUGCGUUGUGGUGGAGGAGGAGACGUCCGAAGCACCGCACACCCCCACCUCCCCCGACUCCGAGUCCUUUGAUUGGAAGGCCAUUCAAGAAGGCGCCAACUCCAUCGUCAGCAGCCUGAACGCCGCCGCCUCCUCGCUGUCCCGUCAGCCUUCUUCAGACUCGGACUCGGUCCUGUCCCUGAAGUCCGUCGGGUCGCCCUUUCACCUUCCAACGGCCAGCACCAAUCCCGAGGACGAAGAGCAGGCCCGGGAGGAGCCGCCCUGCGGCCCCAGAAUCCUGAAGGCGGGAGAACUCACCGCGCUGGACGCCAAGAGAAGAGAGGAGGAGGGGCCAAAGGCCCUGAGGGGCGGCAAGAAGGUGUACCGCAGUCUGAUCACUGGGAGGCCUCGGGCGGAGCCUGCUGCUAGAGGGCGGAGCAAACCCAGAUCCUCCGGAGGCAGUGACAGCGCCGACAAAGGAGGCGGGUCAUCUCAGGACUCCAUGCUCUCGCGGCCGUCCUCAGGAGCCAAUCAGAAAGGAGGGAAGGUGUCCCAGCUGCCGCGCACUGCGUCUCCUGGCAGUUCCGCCGCCAAAGCCAGCAAGCACAGCGGAACGCACAAGACCACCGCUCUGCCCAGGAGCGAGUCCGCCUCCAGGGUGGCCGCCGCCCCCAAGAAGCAGAAGGCGGAGCCUGAGAAGCCUGGGCUGGUCCGCCAGUCCACCUUCAUCAAAGAGGCGCCCAGCCCCACGCUAAAGAGGAAGCUGGAGGACUCGGCCGCCGCCGCCGUCACGCUGGAGUCGCCCAUCAGCCCUGAAGCCGCCCUGCCUCUCCCCACCAGGGUCCGCCACGAGGUCAGCCGCUCCCACUCAGAGAGCCCGUCACGACCGCAGGAAGUGACCUCAUCGCGGCUGAGCCGCACCGGCACCUGGAAGAGAGAGAACAGCAGCGGGGGGGCGAGCGCCGGCAAGCACUCUACCUCGCUGCCGCACGUCGGUACUUGGAAGAGGACGGGAAGCUCCUCCUCCGUCCUGUCAGCGUCAUCCGAGUCCAGUGAAAAGGGGCGGAGUGAGGAGGAGGGCGCUGCCAGGUCAAAGGCGGCUUGGCGGAAGGCGAAGAGCGGCAGUGACUCGUCCGCCGCCUGCAGCGACGCCGACAGAGCCGAGGACGUGUGGGUCCGCCUGGAAGACUGUCCAGUCAACAACCCGCGCUCGCCGUCCUCCUGCUCCACCAAAGGCCCGCCCGUCAUCGACAGCCCCACCCCUUCCAAAAUCCCAUCCUCCUCCUCCUCCAAUCUGAACCUGCGGCGCAGUUGUGAGAGUCUGCUCGACGACAGACUGCCGCCACCUGAGCGCCCGGCGCAGCGGCUGCAGCAACGCGGCGGCGCCGUGGCGGCCCGCGUCAGCCCCUUCAACUACACGCCCAGCCCAAGGAAGGGCGGCGCCGAGGUCAGCUCCCCCCCCACCACCAGCACGGCCUCCAGACCCUCGCUCAUCCCCACUCCCGUCACCAAGAAGAGGGACCCCAAAAGUGGUGAAAGUGGCGGAGAGCGCGGGGGCGAGCGCGGCUCGUACAUCGUGACGUCCGUGUGACGGCGCCGCUUUCCUGCUGAUUCUGCAGCGACUUGAACUUUCAGAUCAAACUUUUUAUCUUUUUAUACCACUAAAUGAUUAUUCGUUGCUCGUAGCUCCGCCUCCUGCAUGACCCCGCCCUCAUAGCGUUUAAUCACAGUGAUGCUAACGAUGAUCUCUGUAGCGCCGGGCCUGGCGGUCCGCUCCGUUGUGUUGUUCGGACACGUCCGUUGCCGUGGAAACGAUAACACUGUAAAGCAUAACUUAUUGCUGUAAACCUCUGAAGCACAUAUUUAAGUCAAGUGACAGGAAGUGGAUUCUACUUCCUGUUGAGAGUUUGAUGUUCGCCUGAUCAAUAAAGUUUCACAACUGA